AUGAUAUCCCUAAAAGAUGUCUACCAUGUCAUGACAGCAACUAUUCCAUUGUAUGUUGCCAUGAUCUUAGCCUACAUCUCUGUGAAAUGGUGGAAGCUGUUCACACCAGAUCAGUGCUCAGGCAUCAACAAGUUUGUGGCGAAAUUUUCAGUUCCACUACUCUCCUUCCAAGUGAUCUCCACAAACAAUCCUUACAAAAUGAACUUGAAUCUUGUAUUUGCAGAUAUCCUUCAAAAGCUCCUUGCAUUUUUAGUACUGGCAAUUAUCACCAAAAUUAGCUCUCGAGGAGGCCUUAAUUGGGUCAUAACUGGUCUCUCUCUGUCAACCCUUCCUAACACUUUGAUCCUUGGAAUUCCACUACUAAGAGCCAUGUAUGGGGAUAAAGCAGCCGCGUUCGUUGCCCAGAUAGUCGUAUUACAAAGCCUGGUUUGGUACAACCUACUAUUGUUUCAGUUUGAGCUCAGUGCUGCAAAGGAAGCCUAUGUGACACUGACAAGAUCAGCAGAAACAGCAGAACCACCCAAACCCCUUACAACACCGGAAGGGGAGCUGGGGGCCCCACAAGAAGGACAAGUGAAAGAGCAAGCCGAGGAAGCAAACAUCAGAUCUCAUAGAAAAAAUAAAAUUAUGAGCGUUCUUUCAACAGUGGGAAGGAAGCUCAUAACCAACCCCAAUACUCAUGCCACUAUUCUGGCUCUUAUAUGGGCAAGCAUACACUUCAGGUGGAAAGUACAGUUGCCAAAGAUUGUUGAUAAGUCAAUCUCAAUAUUGUCUGAUGGAGGGCUGGGAAUGGCCAUGUUCAGCUUAGGUCUUUUCAUGGCAUCACGGGAUAGCAUAAUAGCAAGUGGGACCAAAAUGACAGUUUUAGCGAUGGCAAUGAAGUUUGUGAUGGGACCUGCUCUGAUGGCAGUUUCCGCCAUGGCUACAGGAUUAAAGGGAACUGUGUUUAAAGUGGCAAUUGUGCAGGCAGCUCUUCCCCAAGGAAUCGUUCCAUUUGUAUUUGCCAAAGAAUAUAACAUACAUCCGGAAAUUUUGAGCACAGGGGUAAUCUUUGGUUUGCUCAUCGCCCUGCCAAUUGCAUUGGCCUACUACUCCCUGUUGGCAUUAUAA